AUGUUCCGUGCCAUCUUGAACGAAAUUCUACCGAGUAGAGUAGAACCUGUUAUCCAAUCAUCAAAGAGGACGUUAUUCAUAGCCUCCAUAGGUAAUCCAGAACCUGAGUAUCAAGGCACAAGGCAUAAUGCAGGACAUCGUUUAAUGAAUCUGCUCAUAGAAGUUCAUUGGAAAGAUCAUGUUUACAAGAAAGGAGAUUACUACCUAUCACUGAAGUAUCCUAAUUUAAUAUUGUACAAAUCCAAUGAUUCCUUAAUGAAUAGACAGGGUCGAUUUCUCCGUAGACAUAUUGCUCAUUAUAAAGAUACUAAAUUGGUAGUUCUUCAUGAUGAAUUACAAAGAGAUGUUGGGAAGUUUCAAAUUAGAGGUCCUGGAACUAGUUCAAGAGGUCAUAAUGGAUUGAAAUCCAUUGAUAAACAUGUCGGUGGUAAGUAUACAAAACUUGGUAUUGGUAUCGGUAGGCCGCAGACUAAACUGGUGGUUGAUUAUGUCAUGGAAGAAUUUCAACCACAGGAAGCAGAAAUCCUAGAUUGGGAAGUAUUCCCGAAAUGUGCUAGAGAGUUACAGAAAUUGGUAGACGAAGAGUUAAAGCAAAUGCAAAAGGCAGAGCAAGAGGAAGUUUCUGAAGAAAAGUUAGAUCAAUAA